AUGCCAGAAACGAAUGAAUAUUUUGAAAAAUUUGAUGUAAAUGAUUGGAGUUAUGAUGGAUUUCAAACAUUCUUGACAGCUGAAAAAUGUAGCGAAACAAUUUGGACAAGUUCCUUGAGAGCGAUUAGUCAAAAUGAUAAUUACCCUGUAAGAUGUCGUAAAAAAGCGAGCCAUAUUUUAAAUAACUAUUCUGUAAUUGUUGGUAUUCCUUCAAAGCAAAGCACUGCUAUUUUCAAAUUAUGGGAUAGUUUACGUAAAAAGGUGGAAGAUGAUAGAUUUAUCAAGGAAUAUAUUUUGGAUAUUAAUCAAUUAAGCAAUAUAUUGCAAAAAAAUGAAAUUCAAUUUUUGAGCAAUUUGUUUCCACCUGCAAAUGUAGAAUUAGACGAAGAGGUCAAUGGAUGUUUAGAUAAUAUAUUUUCUAUUUUUAAUAGUAAAGAGACGCUUAAUGCUGAAAGUAUAUUUGAAGAAGUAGAACAGAAACGGAAAUUAGUAAAUUUGGGAAUUAAAACUUUAAAAGAACGCCAAAUUACUUUCAUUUUUGAUGCUGUACAAAAAUUGUAA